CGGCCCUGCGCCUGCACUCGGCCGCCUUCCGCCGCGCCCCCGCCUCCGAGACGGCCUGCGCCUUCGCCUUUCCCACCCCUGGGCCGGGGCCCCAGCCGCCCCCGCUGCCCGCCUUUCCCGAGACACCCGGCGCCGAGCCCGCCUGCUGCCCGCUGGCCUUCAGGUUGGACCCCUUCACCGACUAUGGCUCCUCGCUCACGGUCACGCUGCCGGCCGAGCUGCAGGCGCAUCAGCCCUUCCAGGUCAUCCUGCGCUACACCUCGACCGAUGCCCCCGCCAUCUGGUGGCUGGACCCAGAGCUGACCUACGGCAAUGCCAAGCCCUUCGUCUUCACCCAGGGCCACUCAGUGUGCAACCGCUCCUUCUUUCCCUGCUUCGACACGCCCGCCGUCAAGUGCACCUACUCUGCUGUGGUUAAGGCCCCCUCAGGGGUGCAGGUGCUGAUGAGCGCCACCCAGAGCACGUACGUGGAGGAAGAGGGUGUCUACCGCUUCCACAUGGAGCACCCCGUGCCCGCCUACCUCGUGGCCCUUGUGGCCGGAGACCUCAAGCCAGCAGACAUCGGGCCCAGGAGCCGCGUGUGGGCCGAGCCGUGCCUCCUGCCCACAGCCACCAACAAGCUGUCAGGCGCCGUGGAGGAGUGGCUGAGCGCGGCUGAGCGGCUGUAUGGGCCGUACAUGUGGGGCAGGUACGACAUCGUCUUCCUGCCGCCCUCCUUCCCCAUCGUGGCCAUGGAGAACCCCUGCCUCACUUUCAUCAUCUCCUCCAUCCUGGAGAGUGACGAGUUCCUGGUCAUCGACGUCAUCCACGAGGUGGCCCACAGCUGGUUCGGCAAUGCCGUCACCAAUGCCACGUGGGAGGAGAUGUGGCUGAGUGAGGGCCUGGCCACCUACGCGCAGCGCCGCAUCACCACGGAGACCUACGGUGCUGCUUUCACCUGUCUGGAGACGGCCUUCCGCCUGGACGCCCUGCACAGGCAGAUGAGGCUUCUUGGGGAGGACAGCCCUGUCAGCAAGCUGCAGGUCAAGCUGGAGCCAGGAGUGAACCCCAGCCACCUGAUGAACCUCUUCACCUACGAGAAGGGCUACUGCUUCGUGUACUACCUGUCGCAGCUCUGCGGAGACCCCCAGCGCUUUGAUGAAUUUCUCCGAGCCUAUGUGGAGAAGUACAAGUUCACCAGCGUGGUGGCCCAGGACCUCCUGGACUCCUUCCUGAGCUUCUUCCCGGAGCUGAAGGAGCAGAGUGUGGACUGCCGGGCAGGGCUGGAGUUUGAGCGCUGGCUCAAUGCCACGGGCCCCCCGCUGGCCGAGCCGGACCUGUCUCAGGGGUCGAGCCUGACCCGGCCCGUGGAGGCCCUGUUCCAGCUGUGGACUGCAGAGCCCCUGGACCAGGCGGCUGCCUUAGCCAGUGCCAUCGACAUCUCCAAGUGGAGGACCUUCCAGACUGCGCUCUUCCUAGACCGGCUUCUGGACGGGUCUCCGCUGCCCCAGGAGGUGGUGAUGAGCCUGUCCAAGUGCUACUCGUCCCUGCUGGACUCCAUGAACGCCGAGAUCCGCAUUCGCUGGCUGCAGAUUGUUGUCCGCAACUACUACUACCCCGACCUCCACAGGGUCCGGCGCUUCCUAGAGAGCCAGAUGUCACGCAUGUACACCAUCCCGCUGUAUGAGGACCUCUGCACCGGCGCCCUCAAGUCCUUUGCACUGGAGGUCUUCUACCAGACGCAGGGCCGGCUGCACCCCAACCUGCGCAGAACUAUCCAGCAGAUCCUGUCCCAGGGUCUGGGUCCCAGCGCAGAGCCCAGCACAGACCCCAGUGCAGAGCCGGUCAGUGCGGGCGCAGACAGGGACUCGGACUCGCCAGCACUGCUGCUCGGGGAUGAGGCCCCCAGUAGCGCCAUCUCUCUCAGGGACGUCAAUGUGUCUGCCUAGCCCUGAUGGUGGGCCGACAUUCGACCUCCCAGACACCACGAUUGUGCCUUCUGUGGCCCGGGCCGCCAUGACUGUGCCUCGGCUCUGGCCACGAGCUCCGCCCGGGCCCGUGAGCCCCUGCUGUGGGCCCUCCUGGGCCAGGGCUCGGGGAGACAGACCCUGUGUCCAGCAGAGGCCCUCGCAGCUGGGCCACCCCACCCCAGCUCUGUUGCACUGCAGGCCCCGGGCUGGCCAGCACCUGCCACACCUCCCGUCUCAACACUGUCAGCUGUGCCUAGCCCUGGAUGCCAGCACCUGCCGGCCGCUGCCCUGGAGACCACAGCCACAGCAGCCCGUCCCUCGGCAGCCGUCACACUGUGCCUUACGUCUGCCGGAGGCCCAGGCCGCACUGUUCCCGAAGCGCACCUCCCCAAGAGCCCUGCCUCUGGGCUUGGCAGUCUGUUGGGCCCUGGCAGAGGGACAAGGACACAGAUGCUCCCUCAGCAUGGGCCAGGGACAGAAGGAAAGGAUGGGCAUCCCUGGAGAGGGCCUUCCACAUGUUAGAAGUCUGAUGUCCAAGCCCUCGGGGCAGCCGAGGCCAGAUGGUCUGUCCUGGAGGCUGCCAGGCGGCAGUGCAGCCACCCAGGGAAGGUGGUGCUGGUGCUAUCAGGGCCCCGCCCACUGGAGGAGGUACCAGGCUGGGGGCUCCAGCCUGGGACCCCUGCACGGGGCACCAAGGGGACUGUCCCAUUAAACCUCCACUCUGCAGACCUGA